AAGAUGGAAGGGGAAUCAUCUAGUUCUGGGGAGCAGCAGGUGCCGAGGAUCCAAGACUCAACAUUAAAAUCGGGUCGAACUGUCGAGGAUCCGUUUCUCGACUUCUUCCUGGAUUUGCCCUUCGCCUCCGCCGAUCUCGAUGAGUACAUCAAAGAGGAUAUCAUUAACAGGGGCAAAUCGGCCGAGCAGAUAGCCAAUGAGGAGGAGAUGGCCUACGAGGAGAAGAAAUUCACUUCGUACCGUAGGUGCUGGGAAGAUCACUGGAAACCAGUUUACGGAUCCUUCCUAGACAUGACGGUUAUCAGUCCUAUGCACUUUACACACUCAACACCUGGACGUGGCCUACAUGAUGCCGCCUGCUUUGCGCCCACCUUGCAGAUCUUCACACUCAGACUCGCGGGAAUAAAAGGUGGCCUCGAAUGGCCACUGUCUGUGUACGGCGUGGUUGCUGCACGCGACGAUGUUGAUCACAAUCGUAACCUUCUCUUCUCUUGCAAUAGAAGCGAGUCUCAAAAACUCGAUCAAGAUGAUCCUUUUUUCCGCUUGGUUGGCCCAUCUCGUGCCAUUUUGUUCACGGAUCAUGUUAAAUUUGAAGUCCAACUACGAGUAAAAGGUACGACAGUGUCUCAAGAUAGAGCAUUGAUCAGUGCUUUCUACCACUACACCGGAGGGUAUUAUCCAGGUGUGAAAACCAUUUGCUUUGAGAACUGCUUCUGCACAACAGAGUUAUGCAUGGAGCGAAUUGAACAAACUGUCCAGGCCACUGUCUUGAGUGUCCGUGUCAAAAAUGGGCCAUGGCCUUUCGAAUAUGGCGGUGAAGUGGCUUGCUUCUCACCGUCGUAUAAUACUUGCUCCAUCGUCUAUGAAUGUUGUGCUGCUUGCUUCUCGUGGUAG